CAGCCCAGAAGCCCAAGCCCAGGGAGGCGAAGGAGCGUUGGGUGGAGUGGGCCCAGGGGAAGGGUGAGGACUGAGGACUGAGGAGCGCGAAAGGAGAAGUUGAAUUGGAAUUUGAGUGAGAAGGUGUUGGUGGAAUUGAGAAGUGAGAAGCGAAUAGAAAUGCGGUGGAGAUUGCUCCAUGGAUGGGAAGCCUAACCCGGAUUCCUCCUCCCCGGACUUCCUCCGCCACGUUCAAGCCGCCCUGAAACGACACCGUCCCCUCGGUACAAUGCACUCCAAUUCCAUAAGGCCACGUCGCACGCUGCUUCCUCAGCGAACCAACUCUCAACAACAACCACCACCACCUUCUUCUCACAACCUAGAUCCUCACAAGAAAGUCCACUUUUCAACUCCAACCACCACUGCUUCGCAGGAUGGAUUGGCCACUGAGUUGGAGAUUUUAUCUUCUCAUAUGAGUUCGCUUCGAUUCGCAGAAAUGGAGUGGGUUGAAGGCAACCAAGUUGAAGCGUCGUCGUCGAUUGGAUUCCACCAGCAAGGGAAUGUUCAGAAGGUAGGGUUUGACGCCAGUUUGAGAAGUGAUAGUGGAGUGCCCAAGAGAAGUGUGGCUUCUCAGGAUAAUUUGCAGCAAUUCAGAAGUUUUUUGAGUCAGCCAGCGACGCAAUCUUCUUGUGCUACAACCACCUCGGUUCAUUCCACUUCAGCGCCCAUGCUGAAUUCAACAACGCGGUAUUCCCAUUCGCAUCAAGACGGUGGCUCGAGUGUGGCUGCUGAGUCCUUGGGGGAGGUUAAUGUUAAUCCCCGUCCUAUGAAUGAUGGGGUUGUGAAAUCAGUUAGUGUUUCCAAUAGAAUGUCGGUUGAUUGCGCAGAAGCUGAAGUUCAAGCUUCUGGUUCUUGUAUUGGUGGUGCAGUGUUGGCAUCUCAGGAGAGCGAUCUAUCUAAGGAGCAACAAGGGGGUAUGUUAAAAGAAACUGGCAAUUAUUGUGAUGAUGGUAAAGGGAAAGAGGCUGUGGAUGUUGCCACCAUCCAACCUCAGGCUCCACCUCCCACAACCACAACCGCAACUUCAUCUUCAGAUGUGAAGUUGGAGGCUUCUAAGGUGGAAAAACGGGAGAAGGCCGCAAGUAGUAAAGGUGCAUCAGCUGCCCGGAAAAGGACUUAUGACCCUGAUUUGUUUUUCAAAGUCAAUGGCAAACUUUAUCAGCGUCUUGGCAAGAUAGGUAGUGGUGGAAGUAGUGAGGUUCACAAAGUGAUUUCAUCGGACUGUAGGAUCUAUGCACUUAAAAAGAAUGGAUUGGCCACUGAGUUGGAGAUUUUAUCUUCUCAUAUGAGUUCGCUUCGAUUCGCAGAAAUGGAGUGGGUUGAAGGCAACCAAGUUGAAGCGUCGUCGUCGAUUGGAUUCCACCAGCAAGGGAAUGUUCAGAAGGUAGGGUUUGACGCCAGUUUGAGAAGUGAUAGUGGAGUGCCCAAGAGAAGUGUGGCUUCUCAGGAUAAUUUGCAGCAAUUCAGAAGUUUUUUGAGUCAGCCAGCGACGCAAUCUUCUUGUGCUACAACCACCUCGGUUCAUUCCACUUCAGCGCCCAUGCUGAAUUCAACAACGCGGUAUUCCCAUUCGCAUCAAGACGGUGGCUCGAGUGUGGCUGCUGAGUCCUUGGGGGAGGUUAAUGUUAAUCCCCGUCCUAUGAAUGAUGGGGUUGUGAAAUCAGUUAGUGUUUCCAAUAGAAUGUCGGUUGAUUGCGCAGAAGCUGAAGUUCAAGCUUCUGGUUCUUGUAUUGGUGGUGCAGUGUUGGCAUCUCAGGAGAGCGAUCUAUCUAAGGAGCAACAAGGGGGUAUGUUAAAAGAAACUGGCAAUUAUUGUGAUGAUGGUAAAGGGAAAGAGGCUGUGGAUGUUGCCACCAUCCAACCUCAGGCUCCACCUCCCACAACCACAACCGCAACUUCAUCUUCAGAUGUGAAGUUGGAGGCUUCUAAGGUGGAAAAACGGGAGAAGGCCGCAAGUAGUAAAGGUGCAUCAGCUGCCCGGAAAAGGACUUAUGACCCUGAUUUGUUUUUCAAAGUCAAUGGCAAACUUUAUCAGCGUCUUGGCAAGAUAGGUAGUGGUGGAAGUAGUGAGGUUCACAAAGUGAUUUCAUCGGACUGUAGGAUCUAUGCACUUAAAAAGAUCAAGCUCAAGGGUCGUGAUUAUGCAACUGCAUAUGGGUUUUGUCAAGAGAUUGAAUAUCUAAAUAGGCUGAAGGGAAAGGAUAACAUCAUACAGCUUAUAGAUUAUGAGGUGACUGACAAGGCUUUGCUUGAGGAAGUUAUGAAAGGCUCCUUCAGUAAUAAAGAUGGUCGGGUGAAGGAUGAUGGAUGUAUAUACAUGGUACUUGAAUAUGGGGAAAUUGAUUUGGCUCACAUGUUGUCUCAGAAGUGGAAGGAACUGGAUCGAAGCAAUCAGACCAUAGAUGAGAACUGGCUUAGAUUUUAUUGGCAGCAAAUUCUUCUUGCUGUCAACACUAUUCAUGAAGAACGUAUAGUGCACUCAGACUUGAAGCCAGCCAACUUCCUACUUGUCAAAGGUUCCCUAAAACUGAUUGACUUUGGUAUAGCCAAAGCAAUAAUGAAUGACACAACCAACAUCCAAAGGGAUUCACAGGUGGGCACUCUAAGUUACAUGUCUCCAGAGGCAUUCAUGUGUAAUGAGGCUGAUGCGAACGGAAACAUUAUAAAGUGUGGUCGGUCAUCAGAUAUCUGGUCCCUGGGUUGCAUCCUUUAUCAAAUGGUGUACGGGAGAACACCUUUUUCUGAUUACAAGACAUUUUGGGCCAAAUUCAAAGUUAUUACAGAUCCAAAUCAUGAAAUUACGUAUGAACCAGUUUCAAACUCAUGGCUUUUGGAUCUUAUGAAGAGGUGUCUAGCAUGGGAUCGCAAUCAAAGGUGGAGAAUUCCUCAGCUACUCCAACAUCCUUUUCUUGUUCCUCCUGUACCAUGUCAUUCAUCUUUGGCCCAAGAUCAUAGCUGUAAAUUGCUACAAUUUAUUUCUGAAACUUGUACAUAUGACCCAGAAGCAUCCCAACUGUGUAGUCGGCUUCAACUGCUUCUUAGUGAUCCACCCGAGAAAACAACUCACUCAUUAAAUUCACUAGAUCAACAACUAAAACUGCUGUCCCAAAUGUCAGAACUCUGUAUUCAGCUGCACGAACGUUUGUCAAAUACCGAAAACAAGUAGAUAACGAGGGUAGCUAGUGAGUUGAUCAGGUUGUGUUCAUUUUAUUUUUUUGGGUUUUUUUGUUCAAUAUAGUUUCUUCAAUCCCGAUUUUUACUCUAUUUUUUCUUCCCACCUUACACCUCUAUCUCAUUUUUCCAUCACAUCACCCGCAUUUAUAACCUUCCCUCGUUCAUUUUAUCUUACCUCCCAAAGUGCAGGUGCGAAGAAGUUUGUAUUUUAUUUGACGUGCUUUUAGUAAA